AUGUCUCAAUAUCACUCAGUUGCUAAUGAGGAGCCAGUGGAUGGCAUACCACAUGUAAUGGAGACUUCUAGGGCGGCAUCCCCGUCCUUGAGCUCCAACCUAGAAGACACGGUUGUUGGGUCCGACCAGUGCAGCUCGUCAGGAAGUGAUUCCUUAACGGGUAUCAACACCCCUUCAAAUGACGAAAGUACCGGUAUGGCCUCGCGAAGUGCAUCUCCGGCUAGCCCUCGUGCCCAUACAGUAUCUGCUUCAUCUAGAGAAGGCGCUACUUUUGCACAUUCGAUCGAUGCCGCAGAGAGAGCUCAAAGUGAAGCGAGGCCGGAGGGCAUCCAUCGCCUUACAAAAGAAAGCUCCGGGAUAUUCUUCACGCGGUUUCUAUUCCUGUUGGGGCUCACAUUCUUGGCUGGAAUGAUUGUCGGAUCAUGGCCGCACCAUGAGUGCAAGAGUCGAUACCCCGACAUUGUCUACUCGCCUGCUCGGGCUAUGCAGGAGUAUCGGGCAGUCCGUUUCGAUGGAGACAUCCAGACGAUAAACCCGUACAAAGGGCCCCCAAGCAAGGCGUUAGAUGAGGCCUGGAAAGCUCUCUAUGAUGUCGGCCCGCUUCUGGUCGAUAAGAAAGAGCUUGAAGCUAUCGGGAAGGAGAGUAUGGAGUUGCCAUCACGCCCCGGCAAGCACUUGGCUAAAUUGGCGGUAUUUCAUCAGCUCCACUGCUUGGACUAUGUGCGCCGGUAUGUGCAUCGGGAGCAUUACCGCAUCGACGAUAGCCAUGCAACUGUCUCGGGAAUCGAUCAUGCUGGCUCUGUCAUGUUCAGCGGACCCCACGCUCAUCACCUUCAGUCAGAAGAGUCUUUUGCCGAGGUAGAGGCUGACUUUAGUGCAACUCAUGCUUGCACUAACUUCGAGAAGGUGCAUGGCUGGGCCAAGGACCAGGCUAUCAACAUGACAGAGGAGAUCAUCCGGAGCCCACGGCCGUUCAGGGACGCUGUGGUAGCAUCUCUCAACGACUGA